AAAUGCUGACCGGUCACACAGCCUAUUUCCUGUAGGGUGAGCCUGGCCCGCAGCGACGCGAGAGUCGAGUUUCUGCGGCAGCUGCACUACAGCUUUUGCGCCAACAUCUGGCCGCAACUCUUUGUUGGCUUGCAGAAAUCAUUUGCGUCUUUGACGAGGAAUGCUUUUGGCAGAAAGACUCUGCACACUUUGUUCUAGAUUUCAUCUGCCACAGUCGUCUGUUGUUGUGGUAGUUUCACGUCUCGGUCAUUUCACUCACUGAUUUCGGGGCCCAUAGCCGGUCACAGUGAUGGAUCAAACCUUCGAAAUAGACCAGGUCGUGGAUGGCCAAUACGAACGACGUCAAAUGACCGUAGCACAGCUCAUGGCUGAACGAAGUGCGAGCAAAAAAAAGCUGCUACCGGAACCAACAAAGCCAAAAGCAGCUCCACAGUUAGGAUUGCUUUCAAGGACAAUCGUGCCAAGUCCCACCAUCAAUCACAUCAUACCUGUUCGCAUCCGACAUCAGAAUAAGAACGAUCUCGUUUAUGUAGGUGAAGAUUUUCUCCGCCUACACGAGAUCCAGGAUGACGGAAGUCUGGAUUUUGUCGUCGGCCGAGAAGGACUACCGCGUAUUCGUGCUGCAAAAGCAUUUGGACAACCAUGGCAACAACUUUCGGAUGUUCAGAUUAAACUUGAGAACGGAAUGUCACCUGACAUUGAUACUGUCUGGGAAAAGGAGUCGACUGCCUUCUCCGAAAGUAGUUCGAAUGCAUCCCAGGCAAACUUUCCCCCUCAACUGCUUUUGCUUGCGUUGGAGACCCAAGAACUCCUCUUCGUAUAUACCCAAUCCGAUGAAAACAACAGAGUAUCGUUCCAUGCUCAGUCAAUUGCUUUGAUGUCUGGCAAAUCGAUUCUCGAACAUCCAGGCAAUCAAAUCGCCGUCGAUCCUCGCUCAAGGGCAAUCGCAGUUGCAGCGUCGGAAAAGAACGUAGUCAUUUACUCUACGAAUCCUCCCCAGGAUAUGCAAGGGUCCUCCAAAAUGACGAGUUUCAUACAGAGCGAGGCCAUUGAGCAGGUUCCUGGCGUCAUACUGAAGAUGGACUUUCUCUUUCCCGCAGAACAAGAUAAUGAUCACAUCGCCCUACUGAUCAUACAUUCUCACAAUAGCCGUGUAUAUAUCACUUGUUUCGACUGGAUCGCUUCCAUUGGCUUGACGUCAAGACAACGGCGUCUGAAGGCUCUCCCAUUAGUUGAAUGUCAAGAAUAUCCCUUACUACUAAUCACUCUUCAGUUUUCGCCAGACUGCAUGAUCGUUACCGAAGAUGGUAUAUACUACUUCCAGAAGAUAUUAGCAGGUGCAGAUAAGGUCAAGAAGGUCUUUGACAGCCACGACCCUGUCAUAUCGAAACAUCUGCACAAACGACCACCACUAUGGACCUCAUGGACCAGGGUCGAGCGCGCACAUCGUUUCCACAAUAGGGUUCAGGAAGACUUUUACCUUGUUCGCGAAGACGGUCAAUUCUUCUAUAUGGAAGUCAAGAGCAAAGAGACAUAUUGCGGAAUGAGUUACGCAGGCUCAUUUGGUUGUAAUGUGGAUACUGCUUUUACCAAUCUACCUCUUGGUCUGAGGAAGCCGGACCACGUUGUUGCUGCUGGAAUUGGUGGCCAUGGUGGAAUCUUGCGCAUAGGCAUGUCUGGAAAAGUGGCUGAAGUACCCCGACGCGAAAAGGUCUUCCAACCAGACUUGGUCGGGCAGUUACCAAGCUGGGCUCCUACGAUGGAUCUUGUUGAGGAUACCUGCAAUACACAAUCACAAGGCACUUUUCCACAUGGUAUCGUUGUCACUAGUGGCCGGGCACCACGUGGAUGUGUAUCGAGCCUCAGAUCAGGACUUAGCGCCAACAUACGAGCACAAAUAGGUGCUGACAUGGAUGUGGCGAAUUGCAUCGGUGGCUACCUACUCUCCACUCCCGAGUCAGAUCAGAUUGUCUUCCUUCUGUCCUUCCCCACGCACAGCGAUCUGAUUCGGCUUUCUGUCGUCGAAGAGGCUGGCGAAGAGGUCCUUGAUGUUCAAGUUGGCCUAUCGGAAGCGCAGGAAGAUAAUGUUGGUUUGGAUCUUGGGCUUGAAACUCUUUUUGCUUCGUCCAUCGGUUCAGAUAGAGCCAUUCAGGUGACCAGGAGGGGCGCAAUCAUCACUGAAGCACUUACACUUCGGGAGACCGCUCGACUUAGCUUAUCUCCCGAUUCGGCCAUUUCCGUUGCUACGUUGGAAGGCAAUUACCUUGUCUACGCCUACAUGUCAGUAGACAGUGGUGGCGUGAGACUUGCAGUGACAACAUUCAACCGAGAACUUGAUAUCUUGACUGGAAGCGAGCAUCAUUUCGACCUUUCUAGUGAGCCUACGUGCGUCAAGUUUAUAACAAUUGCUGAGAAGGUUGUGCUUGCCGUCAGUACGCAUGCCCAUGAGUUGUUGUUCUUCGACUUGCCUUCUUCUAGUUCAAAUCUGCGACUGUUAUCCGCACAUCGGUUGCCCAAGGACAAAGGUUCCUCGGCGACUUGCGAAAGCCUCGCUGUCCUGCAUUCUGAACCGUGUACGGACCUCUUAGUCUGCGGUCUACGCAGUGGACAUGUCUUGUCUUUCGAGGUUGACGUCGACUCGCCUGUAUUCGAUCCAAGUUUUGUGGCCGUGGAAGGUAUAAACCAUCCCGUACUCAGAGUAUCAUCCGUGCGUGAACUUACUGUCGGACCAACCUCAGUCAGACUCUUCGACACGCCCAUUGGAUUGUUCAUGACCUGCAACAACAUCUUCUGUCGGAUUGACCGACUGACCCGUCAUAACGCUCUGUUAGAGGUCCGGACACUCCUGUUCGAAGAUGUAUACCAGGAUAACCUGAGACCGUUCCCCAUAUAUACUACGCUAUACCUCCCACGUAACAUGCUUUUCGCCGGGGAAGGUCUCUCGGAGUCGCUACUUUGCGUAUCUGAGGGUGAGCUGCUAUCUACAGUGCCUGAUGAGAGCUCUGCUGUCAUCCCUAAGAGACUUCCAAUAGAUGGUACGCCGUAUAGAAUGAUCGUCGACGAUGAGCACUAUUUAGCCUUGACUAGAAAGACAGAGUGGCGGAAUGGUCUACACGCAAGUUCCAAGACUCGUUGUUGUCUGGAAGUAAUCGAUCCUCGGCGUUACACAACACAAGAAGAGACGGAAUUUGAAGGUGUCUUGGCCUCUUUCCAGCUCCCUCGGAAAGAAAAGGCAAACUGUCUUGCUACGUGGAAGCCACACUGUGGGAUGUUCAAAUACAACUGGAUCGCCAUAGGCACCACGGCUUCAUUGAGGGAACCGUCACCGGGCAUGAGAAGCGCAAGCGGCCAAGCAGGAGGUUUGCUGAUCGUCCGCAAAGUACCAUCGGCUAGAGGCGCACUCGGACAAAAAGGUGGGCUUGAAUUACGCAAGGUGAAGUAUAUAUAUUACGGCAAGUCCGACGAGGGCCCGAUUCAUGCGCUCGCCUCGUACCGGAACGACAGUCUUAUCAUCGGCACUGGUCAAUCAUUACACAUUCUACAAUAUGACCAGGAAGCACAGAGCUUCAACACGGUGUUUCGUUACCGCAGCCUUCCCUCACCGGCAGUCCGGAUCGAAGUGAAGCCUCACCGCUAUGAACCAGACAGACACAUGCGUGGCGAUCCAUGCUACGUCACAACUCUCAAGCACUCUGUCCUUGGGUUUGACAUGCAUGUCGGACACGCCAAUAUGUGGCCAGGAAUUGCUGCGAACAUCGAGCCAACCUUCACCGACACCACCCACCGCCAGUCCAUCACACAUCACCUGAUUGCUAUAAAUUCCCCAAAACCAUCUCAUAGCGAAUACUCACCAAGUGCGCCUGUACCGUCCGCACCUAAGCUCCUCCUGGUUGCUGACAAGUCUGCCACCGUCACGGGCCUUCUCUCUGAUGCUUCCUCGUCGAGACAGACUGCGUUACGCGUCGCUUUCUCUGCUCGCCUCCCGCGUAGCAUCACACGUAUGCGCAGCGUGAAAGUACUUCCUCCGUGGAAUGCUCAGCCUCUAGACGGCAUCGAACCUGAGCCAGUGAUUGGUAGCGCUGCUGAUGGUACCCUCUUCGCGCUACAUGUUCUCCGUCAUCACGCAUGGCAGGUCCUCAAAGUUCUCGAGUGCCUUCUUGUUGUUGCUGCAUCCAAAGAGAGUGCAAGCUUGCUUUGCAAGCCAGAUGUAAAGGAGGCAGAGCGGGCGCAAGAUGUGAUUCUGUCGAUCAAGGCAAGAAAGAGCGCAGAGGACGCGGAUACAAGCAGUGUGCUGAGACCAACCUUGAGAGAUCUCGACUGGCAUGUUGAUGGGACUAAACUGGCGUACCUGAGAACAGCGGAUAUUGAGCUCGAAAUUAACAGACUUGUAGAAGGGGCGGGCUGGGAGGCAAGGGAAGCGUGGGAGAUGGUGUUGGGUGACUUCAUGGCCGAGAUGGAGACUAGAUCGGAGAUAGAGGUUGCAGGCACUCUGGAGAAGUGGCUUGUUGGCGUUCUUGGGCCUGUCUUCUGAUGCAUAUUGGGGGCGCACCAGAUGGGUGUGUGUUCGGAAUCCUAGCGGUUGAUAGACAUAUAUAAAUAUCUCAGCAUUCUGUACUCCGUGUAGGACGUAAGGAUGUAUGGAAGAUGAUGACAGUAUGAGAAGAGAUUUCAGUGAAACUGCAGGGAGAUUUCAUUAGCUGAAGCUCGUGUACUAAUGGCUCAA